AUGUGGAUUUUGGACUCGAAAUUCAACAGCUACGAAAGGAAAAAGGCGUUCAUUCCAGUAGCAGAAUUGCUCAACUUUGCCCAUUUCUCGACGAAGAUGGUCUACUUCGUGUUGGAGGACGUCUACAAAAGGCUAAAUGCCCAUCUGAAGACUCUACAUGGCGGCCUUAUUCAGAUGCAGGCGUAUGUUACUCGAAGGUUUUGGAUACUUUCUGCCCGCAACCUGGCUAAAAAAGUGCUACGCAGCUGUAUUACUUGUUUCAAGUACAAGGCCAAGUCAUCUCAGCAAAUAAUGGGAAACCUGCCAUCGGUUCGAGUUCAACCUACUCGACCGUUUAAGCACAGUGGUGUUGACUACGCUGGCCCCAUAACCAUAAAGCAAUCGACUGCUAGAAAUUCGGUAAAGACAAAAGGAUACAUCUGCCUCUUUGUCUGUAUGGUCACCAAAGCGCUGCACCUUGAAGCUGUCACCAGUCUUUCUACUGACGCUUUCAUUGCCGCAUUUAGACGAUUUACCUCACGGCGAGGCAUGUGCUCUGACCUCUAUUCUGACUGCGGCACAAACUUUGUUGGCUCUAAUAAAGAACUCAAAGUUCUACAAAGAAGAAGUAUUGAAUCCCUACCGGAAGAUCUAGCAAACCUUCUCGCUAACAAUGGUACAAACUGGCACUUUAUACCACCCGCUUCGCCAAACUUUGGAGGUCUCUGGGAAGCUGGUGUGAAAUCCACAAAACACCAUUUGAAACGCAUUAUGGAUAGUCGAAUCUUGACCUACGAAGAAUUGUCUACUCUCUUGGCUCAAAUUGAAGGAUGUCUUAAUUCCAGGCCGCUUUGCCCCAUUUCAACUGACCCAGCAGAUUGUGAAGCCCUAACUCCGUCUCACUUCCUCGUUGGAGAACCAAUUUUAUCUGUCCCAGAUGAAAAUCUACUAGACCACAAUGUAGAUAGACUUUCUCGCUGGAAAGUGGUUCAGUUGCUAAGUCAACAGUUUUGGAAUCGCUGGAAGACGGAAUAUAUAAACCGGUUGCAAUCCCGUCCAAAAUGGCUCAAGCCUCAAAAGAACGUUGAAGUUGGCGAUUUGGUCAUCAUAUUUGACGAACGAGUUCCCCCAGGUCAAUGGCCACUAGCCCGUAUAACAGAAGUCCAUCCUGGUACUGAUGGAAAAGUUAGAGUUGUUUCCCUAAAAUGCAGUGGUAAAAUCUAUAAACGUCCUGUCUCAAAAGUUGCACUUCUGCCCCUACAAGAAGAUUUCAAUUCUACAAAUGAUCGAGAAGAGAGUUGCU